AUGACCUCCAACCAUGAAAAACAGACCAAACCAAUAGUCUCUGUAAUCUCCGGCGGCAUCGCUGGCGGUGUAGAAGCCUCCGUAACCUACCCCUUCGAAUUCGCCAAAACACGCGCUCAACUACACGUCCGAAAGCAAGGAGUACCCUACCCUCGCAACCCAUUCGCUGUGGUGGGACAAGUGUACAGUCAAGAAGGGUUACGCGCACUAUACAAAGGCUGUGGUGCGUUGGUAGUGGGAAGUGUGGGAAAAGAUGCAGUCCGAUUCUUGUCAUUCGAUACCGUCAAGAACAUGUUCAAAGACCCAGAGACAGGAACACUAUCUCCAUUACGAAACAUGUUGGCAGGAAUGGCUGCAGGUGUGGUAGCGAGCGCAACUGCAGUCACACCUACCGAACGCAUCAAAACUGCUUUGAUAGACGAUGCCCGAGGACCCAGACAAUUUACCUCGACUAUGCAUGCUAUCAGGACAAUCCUCGCUGAAGACGGCUUCAAAGGACUUUAUCGCGGCUUUGCGGGAACAACGCUGAAACAAGCUUCAGCAACCAGUUUCCGCAUGGGCACGUACAAUAUUCUCAAGGACUAUGAGAAGAACCAUCACAUUGAGCAAAACACGGUUACCAAUUUUGCGAAUGGCGCUGUGGCUGGUACGACUACGACAUUAGCGACGCAGCCUUUUGAUGUCAUCAAGACGAGGUCGCAGACGGCAAAGGCGACGACAACGAUGGAAGCUAUUGCGAGUAUCUGGAAGGAUGAUGGUGUUCGUGCGUUUUGGAGAGGUACGGUCAUGAGAUUGGGUCGUACUGUGCUUGCAGGGGGAGUACUGUUCACAACAGCAGAGGCCGUCGCAAAGAUCAUCAAUCCGAUCUUCGAUCGGUAG